AUGGCCCCGCCCCUGGCAAGAUCUGCUCCAGGUGAGCUCAACCAUUGGUGGAGCCAGCUCAGGUUCCGCCUCCAGAACAGGAAGGGGUGGAAUGAGAUGCUUGAUGAAACUUUUUUGCUGCAGAACAAAAGGACAAAUGACAUCCCUCUCUUCUUUGCGGCCAAAGAGAACAGUGCAGGUUGCAUUAAGAAACUUCUGGACUGUGCAUCCACUAACAUCUUUGAGAGAGGUGCUCUGGGGGAGACCGCGCUGCAUGUGGCAGUUCUGAAUGAUAACAUGGAUGCUGCUUUAGUUCUGAUGGACGGAGCACCUGAACUCAUCAAUGAGCCCAUGACCUCUGACCUCUUCCUUGGCAUGACACCUCUCCACAUUGCCGUGGUGAAUCAGAACGUUAACCUGGUCCGCAGUCUGAUUGGUCGUGGGGCAGAUGUGGCCACGCCCAGAGUCACAGGCCUGUACUUCAGGAAGAGAAGAGGAGGGCUGCUCUACUAUGGUGAGCACAUCCUGGCAUUUGCGGCCUGUGUGGGGAAUCAGGACAUCAUCUCCAUGGUGAUCAACGCAGGAGCCAGCACCAGGGCCCAGGACUCCACUGGUAACACAGUGCUCCACAUCCUGGUCCUGCAGCCCAAUAAGACUUUAGCAUGCCUGGCGUUGGAUCUGCUGUUGGCACACGACGUUGAGCUGGACCAGGCUGUGCCACUGGACAUGGUGACCAACUAUCGUGGCUUAACGCCCUUCAAACUGGCUGCCAAGGAGGGCAACCUGGUGGCAUUCCAGCACCUGGUCAACCGGAGGCGAGUCGUCCAGUGGAACCUGGGACCCUUGACCUCUAACCUCUAUGACCUCUCAGAGAUCGACUCCUUGGUCGCCGACGACGACCUCUCUGUGCUGGAGCUCAUCGUGGGCAGCCAGAGGAGAGAGGCAAGAAGGAUACUGGAAGUGACUCCUGUUAGGCAAUUGGUCAGUCUCAAGUGGAACCUCUAUGGAAAACACUACUUUAGGUUGUUGCUGCUGCUGUACCUCCUGUACAUUGGGACCUUCACACUGUGUUGUGUGUAUCGCCCCCUAAAGGACGCUCCAGAGAAUUACACUGUAUCUGACAUGGACAAAACCAUCCGCGUGCAGAAAACUCUGAAGGAGAGUUAUGUGACCUAUGGGGACAACUUGCGUCUGGCAGGAGAGAUGAUCAGUGUCCUGGGUGCCCUGGUUAUUCUGCUACUGGAGAUCCCAGAUAUGCUGAGAGUGGGGGCCAAGCAGUACUUUGGACAGACGGCCCUGGGGGGACCCUUCCAUGUCAUUCUUAUUGCCUAUGCGUUCCUGGUGGUGCUGCUGUGUGUGUUCAGGGUCAGUGGGGUACAGGGGGAGGCAGUUGUCAUGGCUGUGUGUCUGGUGCUGGGCUGGAGUAACGUCAUGUUUUUCGCCCGAGGCUUUCAGAUGCUGGGGCCUUACGUCAUCAUGAUACAGAAGAUUAUAUUUGGAGACCUGACCAAGUUCAUGUGGCUGAGCUUCAUCGUGCUCAUAGGGUUUUCCACCUCCCUGUGGAUGGUGUACAUGACUCAGGACCCAGACUCUCUACCUGCGUACCGCUCCUUCCCCAUCACUCUGUUUUCACAGUUUGAGCUGAGUGUGGGUCUGAUAGACCUGCCAGUGGACCACACCAUCACAACGCCCCCUAUUGUCCAUGUGCUGCACUGCACCUUCUCUGUGGUCUCCUACAUACUGCUGCUCAACCUGCUCAUAGCCAUGAUGAGUGAUACACACUGGAGAGUAGCCCAGGAGAGGGACGAGCUCUGGAGGACACAGGUGGUGGCCACUACCCUGAUGUUGGAGAGGAGGUUGCCCCGCUGCCUGUGGCCCCGGCUGGGAGUGUGUGGCCUGCUCUAUGGCCUGGGGGAGCGGUGGUACCUCCGGGUUGAGGAUCGCAACAACCCACUGGUGCAAAAGAUGCGUCGCUACGUGCAAGCCUUCUCUAAGGAUGAGGACCAGAGCAAGGAGCGGGAGGAGACGGAGAACACUGACAUGUCAAAAGGACCUGGAAGCCCUCUGAUCAGACCCAAACACAGGGGUGGGAUAGAUGGAAACAGGAAGUCCCUGGCAUGCUGGCAGAUGAUUCGCCACAGUGCUCUGGGUUUAGAUGUGGAACAGGAAGAGCCUGAGGAUGACCAGGAAGUAAGAUACGUCUGAGGGUUAAGACAGCAAAGCA